AUGGAUUAUUUAUAUUUGCAGUAUGGUACAACACCUUUGAUCUGGGCAUGCAGAAAAGGUCACGUUGACAUUGUACAGGCACUUCUGGAAGAGGGCGCUAGUGUAGAUACAGCAGGAAUGAAUUCCUGGACUGCCCUUCUCGUAGCUGCCAAGGGAGGUUUUACUGAGGUUGUUGAAGCCUUACUUGAGAGGCAUCCUAAUGUCAAUGCACUGGAUAAGGAUGGAUUCACAGCAUUAGCAAUAUCAGCAAAAGAAGGAUACACAGAGAUUGCUUGUGCCUUACUUAGUCAUGGUGCCUAUGUAAACUUAAAUGAUAGGUAUGGAGACAGUAUCCUUAUUCAUGCAGUGAAGGGAGGCCACUAUGAGGUUGUGGUGGAACUGCUGAGGAAAUGUGCAGAUGUAGAUGUCCCUGGACAAGAUAACAAGACUGCCAUCUAUUGGGCCGUUGAGAGAUCACAUAUCAACAUCAUGCGAGUGCUACUUGAACAAAAUCCCGACCUUGAAAUACAGACUAAAGAUGGCAAUACGCCUCUCUUGAAAGCUGUACGCAAUCGUAAUCUGGAAGCUGUGUCGCUUUUGAUGAGUAAAGGAGCGAAGGUUUCGGCUGCUGAUAAGAGAGGAGAUACUUCCCUACAUAUUGCCCUUCGAGCCCGCAACAAGAAAAUGGCUGAACUUCUGCUUCGGAACCCAAAAGACUCACGCUUAUUAUAUCGUCCAAACAAAACUGGCGAGACACCAUACAAGUUGGAUGACACGCAUGGCCAGGCUAAAAGCAUCCUGUCACAAAUAUUCGGAGCACGUAACCUCAACGCUAGUGAGACCAAUGAAAACCUGCUUGGCUAUGAUUUGUAUAGCAGUAUCAUCGCUGACGUACUUUGCGAACCUACUCUGUGCACCCCUAUCAGUGUGGGCCUCUAUGCAAAGUGGGGCAGUGGAAAGUCUUUCCUAAUAGAGAAACUAUUACGGGAGAUGAAAAGCUUUGCCCAUCAGACCAUGGACACACUGUUCAGCUUCAGUUUACUCCAGUUCUUCCUCUGUCUCUUCAUCGCUAUGGUCUGCGGCCUCAUCUUGGGUGUCUUUGUCGGCUGGGAGGUGGGAGUCGGUGUUGGUGUUGGACUACUGCUGAUUCAAUAUGUCUUCUUAUUGUUUGUAUGGUUUGGUACCACCAUGAGGGGCUGGGAAUCAGCAUACGGAGUGAGCAGAUAUCUGGCGAUUAAAUUCUCUUCAUUAAGGCUCCUUCUGCAGGUUAUAUUUCAAAGGACCCCUUCUACAAAAGUUAGAGAAAAAACAUCAACUGUCAAGUUUUUGUUUACGGAUCACACACGUCUGAGUAGUGUAGGUGGUGAAAAGUCUGUGGCGUACAUGAUAGGAACCCUUUGCGAUGCCAUUGAGAAGGAGUAUGGCCUCAUAGUGACAAGGCUGUUUAAAGUCUUCAAGAAUUCUUCAGGUGGUACUUGUGGCAAAUACAAAUCAAUCUGCUGCGUUCCAUUGUUUGUCAUUGUCAUCUUGAUUCUCUGCUGCCUUAUUGCUGGUAUCGUGCUUCUCGUCGUUUUUGGCGUUGAUAAUAUUGGACCUGGAAAAAUGCACACGGUAACAAGCAACAAUACUGCAACAGAUGGUGACCUUGGUGACAACAUUGUGACAUCAUACCAAGAGAUUAACAACCCUGCUGUCUAUGCUAUUCUCAUCUCUAUAGGAGUGAUUGUCGGCCUGAGUCUCAUUGCCAAUAUUUUCCUUUGGAAACACAUUGUAGUUUCACUUGCCAGACCUCAGAAAAAGCGAGUAAUUGCUGCCUCAGAACAGUUUGAAAGUUUGAAAAGUGAAGGAUUCCUACAAACACUUAAGGCUGAAGUUGAACUGAUGGCAAAAAUGGUGAAGCACAUGGAUGCCUUCUCAGGUAGUCACACACGAUUGGUUGUAAUAGUAGAUGGACUUGAUAGCUGCGAGCAAGAGAAAGUACUCAAUGUUCUAGACACGGUUCAUGCAUUGUUCUCUGAACCUGACUCACCGUUUGUCACCAUACUCACUGUUGAUCCUCAUAUUGUCAUCAAGGGAAUAGAGCACAAUCUUCACAGAUUAUUUCACGAUUCAAAUAUCAAUGGACAUGAUUACCUCAACAAUGUGGUUCACCUGCCAUUCUAUCUGCAAAACCAACCCCUCCCCACCUGGUUCACAGAGCGACGCAAGCGGACAUUCAGCGUCAAAUCUAUUCGCUCGGGAACUGAUAUCAACCAUACAGAGAGCUAUUCUCCGAAAGCAUCUAGACAAAAUUCUGCAUUUCAACACCAGGACUCUGUCUUCUCUCACUCUAACUCCUCGAUACAUGAGGCUGGUCGGAGACGUAAGAAUAAAAGCCCUGGAUUGAGCCGACAGCCAUCUACCUUUGACCUCUCUAAGGCACUAGUGAAGAGUGAUUACUUCAGCGAUGUUAACCCCAGGAGCAUGAGACGUCUGAUGAAUCUUGUUGCAGUAACAGGGCGUUUGUUGCGAGCAUACAACAUUGACUUCAGCUGGACGAGGCUAGCUGCCUGGCUUAAUGUGACAGAACAAUGGCCUUACAGGACGUCCUGGAUGUUAUGGUACCUAGAAGAGACGGAGAAUGUUGAUGACACGACGUCACUAAAAUCAAUAUAUGACAAGAUUAAAGGAAAAGUCCCCCUAUCCAAAGAGUUAGAGCCUCUAAUCGAGAUUGAUCGUAAUUCUCGUAAGCUGGAAGUAGUUCUUGCGAGUAGUUCUCCGUUACUCAAUGCUGGGGAUGUCAAGAAAUUCCUCUCCUCGACAAUUAAUCUGGACCCUUAUCUAAGAAAACAUAUAAGAGAACAACUCAAGAUGGCCGAUAACCUAAUGGUCGACCAGUAUGGGUCAAUAACGUCCCCCCAGGCCCCAGGGGUCAGGCACAGGAAUCUUAGUGGUGACAAGCAGAACCAGUCUUGGUUAAAUACAUCUCAGCCAUUAACUGCCAAUGAACCAUAUGCAAGGGGACGUGUUGCUGGUACUUCACAAUCAUAUCCAUACGUAGUUCCUCAAACGCAGCCGAUGUACCAGCCUGCUGCUGCUCCAUACGCCCCUGGUGUGGCUUCGUAUGGUGCUGCCCCCUAUGGGUUCCCUGUCGCAACUCAGUCAGUUCCCGUUAUGAAGCCUGCACCUAAACUCAAGGGCUCACUCCCCAAACAACAACUAAGUUCCUUAGAUGUAAAACAAGUGAGCACACUACCAGAAAAUAUCGAAGGCAUGGACAAGAGGAUGACGUCAAAGUACCAAGAUAAGUUGUUAGCCAACAAUAUAAAUGGCAUGGUACUAUCAACAUGUGACUUAGAUGAAUUAAAACCUGAGCUGAAGAUGACGUUUGGCGACUGGCAAUUGUUUAAAGCUGCUGUUGUACAUUUGCGUCACCAGGAGGAGCUAGUGGAGACAGAGGGCGCCACGCAUCUUGAACGAGAUGGGUCUGAAUCCCAGAUUAGCCUAGUUCAAAGUGAUACAACAAGCAAUAUCCCUGGCGAGACUUCUUCAAACUCCAGCCCUUUAUUACACAGACAUCGUGUUCACUUAGAUUCUAAUGCGUCGUCCAUCGUAGAAAAUUCCGAUCAAGUUGAACCAGGACGUGAUUUUAGCCAAUUAGGAACAGACGAGAAAAAGCGCUAUGAGAAUGCUCUGAAAGACUAUUUGUCGAAAAUCCCUGAAGUGGCAGUUAAAGGAAAGGCAACCACUCCUUCGGGAGAUCGUGGGAUGAAGCGUCAGGAUAGCAUCCUCGGAGAAAUUAUCCGAGAACGAGAGAUUCUUCGUGCUGUCAUGUCGUGCUGCCAAGAUCCAGAUGAGCAGGAAAAUGAAUCAUCCGGGGGAUCACAGGAGAGCAUCAUAGAAAUACCAAAUAAUAGGGAGUACGAUGGAACAGCCUACAAAAUGGUGGAACAAGUACCUACACUACCUGAACCCCCAAGUAGAAGCUCACUUGCAAAUUCAAUGCAAUCACUUACAUCGCUUUCACGUCAUGGAUCACGAUACGGUUCCCAGACUAGUGUUUCAUCGAGCCAAGCCAGUCACAAAGUUUCGUUUUCUUUGAGAGAGAGCCCUGAUAGAGAUAGCAUAGGAUUUAGUGAGACUACACAGAAUACAGUUAAGAAAAUUGAUAAACCAUCUAAACAAGUUGAGUCCAAACAAGAACCGGAGAUUUCUCCAACGAGCAGAGAAUUUGACCCUGAGAAAAUGCCACUUUUACAACUAUUUCAGCCAAUGGAUGGAGGAACCGGGGCGAGUGGUGGGAAAAAAGAAAAAGAGCGUGACGAUGAAGCUAUAUCUAUGACUACAUUUCAUCGUCAUGGAUCUGGUCGAUCAGAAUCAGAUGUCGAAACUGCUGAAGAAACAAAACCGCUUGUUCCAAAUGCAUCUAAAUCAGGCACUAUACUUAAACGUCCUAGCGCACAAUCCACUAAACCAGCAAAUCUGCCUAAAUCCAGCUCAAAUAGUCCUCGAAUAAAGAGAAAACGUGAUAUUUCUGUUAGUAGCGUGAGAAGCUCAAGUAGUGAACGCCCUUCGACUAUUUCUCCAACUUUGGAAGAAGUUGCUACUCGCUAUAAACAAUCACCUCCGGGAGUGAAGAAAUCGUUAUCAGAUUAUCAUGUGACUGCCCGUGGAGAAUCAGAUAGUGAUACAAGGGUCACUGCUUGUUCAAGUGUGCCAGACCAAGACUGUCUUAUUAACAUUGAACCAGACUCUAAACUUAUACCUGCUAAGAAAUAGGAAAACAACCGG